AUGGUCCACGAUGAUUUACGAGUGGAGUGGAUCCGUCAGCGCGUAUCGGCCGGUUUCACGUUACCGGAGGGUUCAAACUGUUUUGAUGAACUUCUGAGUCGUGAAGAUGGAGAAGAAGAGGAGAAAAUCAUCCGUUACCUGAACGUUGUCUCCGACGAAGACUCUCCGUCAUGUCUUGUGUUUUUCAAAACUAUCAGAGAGGAGGAGACUGAAGUCCAGAUUCCUGUCCAAAAUGAAGAUGGAGACCCUGAAGACCCUGAAGACCCUGAAGACCCUGAAGACCCUGAAGAGAAGUCCUUGAUCCCAAGUGGGGGGGAGAUGACGUCACACUCAGAUGAAGAGACACAGCAACUAAAUCAGAGCCAUAGGGUGGAGGUUCAAGUGGUCUAUCAUGUCGAGCUUCAUGCAGCAGUUGACGAAUAUCCAGAGAGAUUUCUGCAGUCUCGAGUCUUCUACUUCCUCAGGAAUACAAAGCAGACCAUCGUUGAACCACUAGACAUGAGCGAGGCCGGAGUCAUGAUGCCCAAGCUUUUCGACAUCGGCAUGCAGAACGGACACCCUCUUCGUGUGCUGCAGCAAAAAUUUGCCCAUGUGUAUAUAUCCUUGCUGACUUCCCACCAGAUGAAGAUCACCGGUGCAGGUUAUCAAAGCAGAACAGGUUCUCCUCAUAAGGAGUUGAGUCCAGCGGCUGAAAAGGAGAGCCGAGAGGAAUCGAGCGGACAACUCACAGUUCGUGAUGAGUUGCUCAACCGUGCACACAAGUAUCUGGGGCUGAUCAACACGACUCUCACACAACUUCAGAGUCAAGAGGAGAUUAAACUGCACAUCCCUGAGCUGGACCUGGAAGCCAAGGUGGACGUACUACUUUCUAAUCCAGAGAUGGUGGAGAAGUUAGAACAAUGUGUGAUGAACUGGCAGACUCACAUCACCAUUAUUGUUGAGGAGCAGCUGAACAAAAAGCCACAGGCACCCGGCCCUUUGGCGGAGAUAUACUUCUGGCAGGAGCGUGCGAUCAUCCUGAGCGCUCUGAGCGAGCAGCUCAAACAGCCUGUGGUGGAUAAGAUCCUGGAGGUGACGACCAAAGCAGAAGCAGGUGUUGUUCAGACCCUGGAAGGAACAGUAGCCGAGCUCACUAAAUACUGUGUGGAGGCAGAGGAUAAUUUACGCUUCCUCAGCACUCUGGAGAGACACUUCAAGAAUCUGGCUAGUGGAGCCAAUUUUAAUGUGAUCCUGGAGACAAUUCCCGACCUGAUGGAGAGCCUGCAGAUCGUGUGGAUAAUCUCCUGCCACUUCAACACAAAUGAUCGCAUGGUGCCUCUGAUGGAGCGCAUCGCCUGGCAGCUUUGUGACCGCGUGGAUAAAGCAAUCAAUGUGAAAACACUGUUCAAGGAAAAUAGAGACGAGGCUAAAUCCAAGGUGUGUGAUGCGAAGCGGGUUAUGGACCAGUGGAGGUCAUCCUACUUUCAGGUCCGCGCUGAAAUCGAAGAAUCCAGCAGAGAUCCGCGCUGGGAAUUUGACCGCAAGAGGCUGUUUGAAAAGACUGAUUACAUAGCUGCUGUGUGCCAGGACCUGCACAAUGUUUUAAAGAUUUUAGAGGAGUUCUAUAACAUCUUUGGCCCCGAGCUUAAAGCUGUGACCGGAGACCCCAAAAGCAUCGACGAAGUGCUGUGCAGUGUAGACCGUCUGGUUUUGCCUCUGGAGAGCGCCAGCUUCAAUCCCUUCAAUGUUUUUAAGAUGGGCAGCUGGAAGACGAUCAUGCAGGAGUUUGACAGCACAGUUCAGGCUAUAGAGGGACAGGCCAUCGAGCUCAUCGAUCAGUCUUUCAGAACAUUGCGCUCCUCAGCUGUUGCCUUUGACAUGCUCUUGAAAUUCAGAAAAAUCUGCUCCAGAGAGGUCAUCAACAACCAUUUGAUCACAAAGUGUAAUGACAUCCUGGCUCAGUACCGUGAAGAGGUGGAGAGUAUAAAUGAAAUCUUCGAGGCACAGAAGGACCAGCCACCGUUAAAUAACAGCGAGCCUCCCGUGGCGGGCGCCAUCAGAUGGGUGCGAUCUCUUAUCCACCGCCUCAAACACACCAUCCUUCCAUUCGUUCAAGAGCCAGAGAUGGCUGAUAGCGUUCAGGGCAAAGUUGUCAAAGAAAAAUAUGUGGAAAUGGCGAUGAAGACGAGGGAGUAUGAGAUGAAGAAGUAUAACGACUGGUUGGGUGAGACGCAAACCAACCUGCCUUUGCUCAUGAAAAAAUCACUGAUGGUUAGGAGCACCAGUGAUAACCAGACCCAGGCAAAACAAGAUGUCCCACUAACCGAAAGUGUCCAAGUGAAGGUUGUGCGAUUUGCUGUAUGCCUUCCUCCUGAGAUAAAGCAAAUCAUUUCUGAAACAAAUCACCUGGUGUCACUGGGCCUAUCUGUGCCUUUUCUGGCUCAGAACGUUUCACUACAGGAGAACAAAUUCAUAAGGUAUGAAUAUGAUCUAAUCAACCUGGUCAGCAGCUACCACUCUGUGAUGGACAGCCUGAGCGGGGAAAAGCAUGCUAUGCUACAUGUGCAGAUCAAAGAGGCGACAGAGGAGCUACUACGUGGAUGUGUCAGACUUAACUGGUAUUCCUCUGGUGUCCCGGAUUUCAUCAAUCGAGGAGUCAAGGCUGUCUCUAAACUGGAGUCAGUUGUCCAACAGAUUCACAAGAAUGAGCGGGACAUCGAGUCCAAGUUGCAAUUCAUGGUGAUGGCCAACUUACUGAAAUGUCCGGUUCCAGAAAACCCAAAGGAUUUACCAGGUGUCAAGGAGUUCUGUGAGCGCAUUGAGAAGACACGGGCCGUGACUGUGAAUAUGUUGAGCAGGAAGUAUUCUGCCAUCGGACCCCUCGUCACUGAGACGGAACAUAUGAUCUUUGGAACCAGCAGUGGCAAAGCCAAACGUAUGGCAGCUUACUACAAGUACUGGGAGCGCAGAGUGAUGGACUCCCUUGUCAAGAUGAUGCUGAGGAACAUUCAGGCGUUCAACACGGCGCUCAUGAGUAAUUCCCCUCUUUUCCAAGUUGACGCCAUCGUGUCUGCACCUACUAUUGUGCUUCAGCCCCAAAGCAAUGAGAUCUACUGGCUGCUCAUGCAGUGUGUCGGAGACUGUAUAGAGAGCACCAAGCAUUUUGUGCGUUGGAUGCUCGGCACCUGCAUUGAGUGCCCUCCGCAACGUGUAGCCGGCGAGGACGAGACGGUGACUUUCAGCUUCUACAACGACGUGUGGCAGCAUCCUCAGAUCAACGAGAGCACCAUGAGAGUGUCGGCGAACAUCCAGCGGCUGCUCUUCUCUGUGGAUCGCUACCUGACCCACUGGAAACGCUACCUGCGCCUUUGGAAGAAGAACAAAACCAUUGUCAAUGAAAAGUUUGCCGCAAAGAACACACCCUGCGUCAUGUACGACGAUAAGCUGCAGUUCCUGUCGAGCAUCAACCAGGACGUGUUGCUGGAGCCGACGUUUAAGCUGGAGCACAUCUUCCAUGUGAACCUGGAGCCUCUCAUCCUCUCUGUGCGUGAGAAUGCUGAUUCCUGGAUCAGUUCACUCGGCGGCCUGCUCCACAAACCGACCAAAGAGGAUCUCUUCAACUUAAGAGAUGAACUCAUGGAACUCUCUGAAAAGCUUCAGCAGAGCCCGGACACAUUUGAAGAUCUGAAGUCUGUCCUGAGCACCAUCUCAGACAUCAGGGACAUGUCUCUGGAUGUGGAGAUGAGAUAUAAUGACAUCAGGGAGAAAUACAGAACCCUGGCCAUGUACAAAGUUCAGGUUGGAGAGGAUGAACUGGAACUUGCUGCCAAUAUUAGCCAGGUGUGGAGUGAUCUCUUUACAGAAUCCAGACAGGUGGACAGAAGUCUGACAAAUGUCAAGAAAUCAUUCACUAAGAUGACAAAUGAGAAGAUUACAGAGUUUCAGACAGAGUUGUCCAUCUUUGCUGAGAGCUUCAACAUGCAUGGUCCCGGAGCUGUCGGAGAUAAUUUGGAGAAAGGACUGUCCAUUUUGGGAACAUACGAGGCAGACCUUGCCAAGGUUGUGUCAGAGCGCCAGGAACUAGCUAAUGCCGAGAAGCUGCUGGACCUACAGGUCACUGUGUACCCAGAGAUUGUCAGCAUGCAGAAGGACAUGGCAGGCUUGAGACUGAUAUAUGAUGUCUUUAGAGCUCAGCAGGAUGCAAAGACAGAGUGGUCUCAGACCUUGUGGGUGGAUUUAAACAUCCAGCUGCUACAAGAGGGUGUCGAGGGUUUCAUCAAAAGAUUGAGGCAGCUGCCUAAAGAAGUGCGGGCGUUACCUGUGGCCUUCUUCCUGGAAGGACACUUGAAGGAGUUCAGAGAGUCUCUGCCUCUUCUGCUGGACCUGAAGAACGAGGCCCUCAGAGACAGACACUGGAAGGAACUGAUGGAAAGGACCGGAACGAGCUUUGAGAUGAACACUGAAAGCUUCACUCUGGAGAACAUGUUUGCUAUGGAGUUAAACAAAUAUGCAAAUGUGAUAGGUGACAUCGUUACCUCAGCUGUAAAAGAGCUCAGUAUUGAGAAGGGGGUGAGAGAGGUGGUGGAGACCUGGGAGAACAUGAAGUUCAAUGUCGUGCCUUAUUUUAAAGGCACCCAGGAACGUGGCUCGAUCCUGGGUGUAGUGGAUGAGAUCCUCCUGAAUGUGGACAACGAUGCCAUGAACCUGCAGAGCAUGGCGGGCAGCCGCUUUGUCGGACCUUUCCUCGGGACCAUCCAACAAUGGGAAAAAGACCUGUCUCUUAUCAGUGAGACUAUAGAAGUUUGGUUGCUGGUACAACGGAAAUGGAUGUACCUGGAGAGCAUUUUCAUCGGUGGAGACAUUCGCUCGCAGUUACCCGAGGAAGCCAAGAAAUUUGAUGAUAUUGACAAAAGAUUUAAAGAAAUAAUGAUUGACACAGUGAAGGGUCCAAACAUUAAGAGGAGUUGCUUAGUUCCCAACCGGUUGACAGACCUGCAGAACCUUAGCGACGGUCUAGAGAGGUGCCAGAAGAGUCUGAACGACUACCUGGACUCUAAGCGGAACGCCUUUCCUCGCUUCUUCUUCAUCUCUGACGAUGAACUGCUCAGCAUUCUGGGAAGCAGUGACCACACCUGUGUCCAGGAGCACAUGAUUAAGAUGUAUGACAACAUAGCAUCUCUGAGGUUUGAUGUGGAGAGCAAUGGGGAAACGGUAGCUGGAGCCAUGGUGUCUGCUGAGGGUGAGGUGAUGGAGCUGAAGAAGCCCGUCCAAGUGGAGGGUCGGUUGGAGGAGUGGAUGACGGGGGUGCUACUUGAGAUGAGGAGAACGAAUAGACUCAUUACCAAGGAAGCAGUCUUCCGUUACUGUGAAGACAGGAGCAGGGUGGACUGGAUGCUGCUGUACCAGGGCAUGGUGGUGCUGGCUGCAAAUCAAGUGUGGUGGACCUGGGAGGUAGAGGACGUCUUUCAGAACGUGAAGAAAGGAGACAAGCAUGCGCUGAAGAACUGCGCCAAGAAGAUGCACAAGCAGAUUGAUGAGCUGGUGAAACGCAUCACCCAACCCAUGAAGAGUAACGACAGACGGAAAAUAAACACUGUGCUCAUCAUUGAUGUCCACGCACGAGAUAUUGUCGACAGCUUUGUACUGAACAGCAUAAUGGACGUGCGGGAGUUUGAGUGGGAAAGCCAGCUUAGAUUCUACUGGAUCAAAGAACACGACAACCUGUUUGUGCGUCAGUGCAGCGCGUCCUUCUCUUACGGCUAUGAAUACAUGGGGUUGAACGGUCGACUGGUUAUAACCCCACUGACGGACAGAAUCUACCUCACACUCACACAGGCCUUGUCCAUGUACCUGGGUGGAGCUCCUGCUGGACCAGCUGGCACAGGAAAGACAGAGUCCACCAAAGAUCUGGCUAAAGCUUUGGGCCUUCUCUGUGUGGUGACAAACUGUGGUGAGGGGAUGGACUACAUG